AUGGCUUGUGAUAAUAACAACUUCCCUGAUGUGUUUUCUUGGAUUCAGAACCUUAAACCAAUAUCUGAAUGGGAAACAGAUUCCAUGUCCAUAACCAUAUCUUCUUCUUCAUUCCAAGAACCAUAUCUUAAGCUUACAAUACCCAAAAACUAUAAUCAUCAUAACCAAUCCUCACUCUCUUUUGCUAUCAUUGCAGAUUUCAACAACAUCCACGUCCCUCUUUGGAACUCAAAACCAAUGAAACCUAACAACAAUAACUUAUUAUUACUGGAUCAAGAAACAAUUUCAGAUCUCUUCAUCAAUUUCAUUCAGGCAAUUCUCCACUACGGAUCCAACAAGAACAGCCCUUUCAUCAGGUUCCCCAAACUCGAUUACAUCCCAAACUUCUCCGAAAUAUUCAACGUAUCCUUCUUCACUCUCUCCUUCCUCGUCUCCAUCUACGAAGCGCCGGCGAAUCUUCGCUCCGGAUCGAUCCAGACUCUGAAGGGUUACUUGACAAGCAAUCAACAAAGCGAGGCCUCGAAUUUGCUCAUGAAACUGCUGGGAUCAAACUUGGAAGAACAAUGGAUGCGGUCCGUGAACCUUGGGGUCACAAAUUGGAUUGGGGAGAUGCAAGAAACGGUUAAAGAAAAGAUUAUGAGGAUGCCGUGUUCUUUGUUCUCGCAUUGGUUUUCGACGUAUGGGUUAUGGAAGGUGCAACUGUAUUGUCCUGUUAUAGUUAUGGAUAUUGAGAGUUCAUCAAAGAGUCAUUUGCCGAAUGAGAAGCUUCAAUUCUCUCUCAAGUAUCACCAGCUUCAAGGUGUUAUUCAGUUCAAUUACAGUGUCUCCAUCAAGGACAAGUGGGUUGAAAUUGUCGCCAACAUUGAUAACAUAAGGUGUGAUGUUAUGAAAUUGGUGAAGAACUCCCUUCUAAGGGAAAGAGGUGCGGGUGCAACUGAAAAACACUUCCCUUCAAGAAUCUCUCUACAACUCACACCAACUCUACAAACCCAAGUAUUAAGUGUCUCUGUUGGAAAAUCCUCAGAUAAUCCAACAAGAGAAAUUGGUACGGAAAAAAACAUAGAAGCCUCAUUUGACCCACCAAAUCCCUUGGGGCUCAAGGUAUCCGCCGGCGAAUCCAUGACCGUUAGUUUAAAGCCAUGGAAAUUCGAGGAAUCCAUUUACGGCUAUAGCGCAAAUUUAAAUUGGUUCCUUCACGAUAGCAUGGAUGGUAAAGAGGUUUUUUCGUCCAAGCCUUCGAAAUUGGCUCUGAUUAACCCUAAGUCAUGGUUCAAGAACCGGUACUCUAGAGCUUAUAGACCGUUCACUAGGCAAGGAGGUGUUAUUUUUGCUGGUGAUGAAUAUGGAGAUAAAGUGUUAUGGAAAGUGGAGAAAGAUGCUAUUGGGAAAACUAUGGAGUGGGAGAUAAGGGGUUGGAUUUGGUUAACUUAUUGGCCUAACAAGCACAAAACUUUCUACAAUGAAACUAGGAGGUUUGAGUUUGGAGAAAUAGUCCAUCUCCAUGUUGCUUAG